AUGAUUAUUUGGAAGAUAAUUAAGUCUAAAGUUGCUAAUCCAGCUAUUCCACACUUGAACAGUGACCCCAAGGAUCUAUACAGGUGCAUGUUAAGAGGUGGAAACUCUCAUGACAGUACUAUCUUCUCCGGUGCAUCUGCCAAUUUUGUCGCUGGUGCUGCGGCCGGUUGUACAGCACUUAUCUUAGUCUACCCCCUUGACAUUGCACAUACCCGCCUUGCUGCUGACAUCGGAAGGAAAGAGGCACGUCAGUUUCGUGGCAUCUACCAUUUCCUGGCUACCAUAUUCGAAAAGGACGGGAUCCGGGGGAUUUACAGGGGCCUUCCUGCAUCCCUACAAGGGAUGGUGGUCCACAGGGGCCUUUACUUUGGAGGCUUUGAUACAAUAAAAGAGAUUCUAUCCGAAGAAGAAUCCAAGCCGGAGAUUGCUCUGUGGAAGCGCUGGUUGGUAGCUCAGGCAGUCACAACCUCGGCAGGGUUGAUAUCUUACCCAUUAGACACGGUCCGCAGGAGGAUGAUGAUGCAGUCGGGGAUGGAACGGCCGGUGUACCACAGCACCCUGGAUUGCUGGAGGAAGAUCUAUAGGACAGAGGGGUUGGCUUCAUUCUACCGCGGCACGGUUUCAAAUGUGUUUAGAAGCACAGGUGCUGCAGCUAUCUUAGUCUUGUAUGAUGAGGUUAAGAAAUUCAUGAAUUGGGGGCGAUUGUAACACCACCAACUUACCAACGUUCAUUGAUUUCAUUGACACCUAGGACUAAUUGCAUUAUUGCAUCAAAUUUGGUAGACACUUAAAUGAGGAUUAGGAUUAAUUUUUGUAAAGUUCAAGUGAGCUCAAUUACAGUUCAUUUGUUAUGAUGUGUCUCCAUUCUUCACUGGCAUUCCAACAACAAUGCCAUGUUGCUCAUAUGGCUCUGAUAUACCAAUUUUUCCUUUGUAUAAUUUUUCAAUUACACAAAGUAAUAAUAAUAUAAAUAUAAGAGAUAUGAGGAGGA